GCCCUGGCUCCCAGCCCGGUCCCUGUCCGGUCCGCGGCGGGAGGCGGGGCCGCCACCACGGCUUGCCCGGCCCGGCUCCGCUGACGCCCUCCUUCCCUCCCCGCAGGCCAUGCAGCGGCCCGGGCUGUUCGGGCGGCUCAGGGCGGCGGUCGUCGGGAUGGUGCACGUGGGAGCGCUGCCAGGGACACCAAGAAGUUCUCUGCCAUUGUCCCAGAUCAUUGAUCAAGCUUGUCAGGAGGCAGAAGUUUACAAGGAUGCUGGAGAUGGGCUGAUCCUGGAGAACAUGCACGACGUGCCGUACACGGUGCGCCCUGGCCCGGAGAUCACCGCAGCCGUGGCAGUGCUCGGUGCUGCCGUGAGACAGAGCUGUCCCCGUGUCCCUCUGGGUGUCCAGGUGCUGUGUGCUGCCAACCAGCAGGCACUAGCCAUUGCUCUGGCUGCAGGUCUUGAUUUUAUCCGGGCUGAAGGGUUUGUGUUUUCUCAUGUGGCUGAUGAAGGGAUAAUAAAUGCCUGUGCAGGUGACCUGCUGCAAUACAGAAAACACACUGGAGCAGACAACAUUCUGAUUUUUCCUGAUAUUAAAAAGAAGCAUAGCACUCGCUCUCUAGAGCCAGGAGACCCGGAGCAAUCACCCAUCAAUGAAGGAAAAGAGGUUAAGCAUGCUGUGAAGAUUCCUGUGCUGGUUGGGUCUGGAGUGACCCUGGAGAAUGUGAGGAAUUACUUGGAUGCAGAUGCUCUAAUAAUUGGUUCGUAUUUCAAGAAAGAAGGAUAUUGGGCAAAUGCUGUUGAUCGUGACUGAGUCAAGAAUUUCAUGGAACACUACAACAGGAUGCCCUAA